AUGCCCAGCCAGAUACCCUUGUACCCUGCAUUCAAGGGGCAUGUAGCUACCACCUGGGACGCUCUCCUACUGUUCGAGUCAUGCUUGCAAGGCCAUAUCAACCAUGUCCCCCGACAGCCAAAUGAUCGUGAACGCCAAGAGCUCAUUUCGAGUGGCAACAUCUUCAUCUACGAAGAGCAUGCUUCCGGCAUAAAGUGCUGGGCAGACGGUAUAUCUUGGAGUCCAAGUCGCAUCGUCGGCAAUUUCCUCAUCUACCGCGAACUAAAUAAACCUUUUUCCCCUGAAGAGAAGAAGCGCGCUCUCGAGAGGAAAAGGGCUUCUCAGGGUGUAAAAAAGGCCAAUUCUCAGUCCAACUCAUCCGUGUUAGAUCCGGCCACUAUCGCCUGGAAUCCAGAGAGGUCACUGGUCGGCUUUCUAGUAGACUCUUAUCUACUCAAAGCAAGAGGCCUUGUCAAGAAGACCAUCACCAUAACCUUCCAGGGUGUGCCCCACCACCUGGUCAGCUACUACCGCAUAGAGGAUGUUAAUAACAACUCCCUGGUAACCCCAAGCGGGACCCCUUUUUUUCAGAAUAUCAAACCUCGCGCGGAGAUCAUCAUGUAG